AUGCCUAGACGUCCUGCCGAGAUCCCACCUGACGACGAGUGGUCCCAGGAGGCUGCGAAAACCUUCUGGUGGGGAAACUGGAGGGAUCCUAGCAACUGCCUAUUUCCGUGGUUGUACGACGAUGGAAGGCCUCGUCCGCGAUACCCGAUGAAGGAUGACUGGGGUGUGCAACCAUUUCCUGUGGAUUACAGUUCCGAGUGGGCUCGCGGCAGGCCCCAAUGGGAGGUUUACUUGGAUGCGUAUGAUGCGUGGAAUCGAGAGACUUGCCGCCUCAUCGAAUUGUACCGCCGCAAGGUGGAGGAGCUAGAUUACGAGGAAAGUGUGGAGGUUUACGAAGGCAAGUUUCCAGACGUUCCGGAGUAUCCCACAGCAAAUGCUGAUGUACUGGUGGCGGCAGCAGAACCUGAUGUUGUUGCUCUUGCCGAUGCUUUGGAAGACCCAGACAGUGACGUCAAUUGCAAGGACUGUGGCCUUUGGACGCCUUUGAUGUACGCUGCAUUCGCUGGCAGCAUUGAGUGCGUCGAGUACCUCGUGGAUAAUGGUGCAAAUCUCCAUGCUCGCAACAACCUGCAGGACACGGCAUACGACAUUGCCAUACAGGCCUUUGCCAAGAAGCAGCCUGACCAUCCUGUUCUGCGUUUCCUUCGGGAGGCCUCUGCACCUCGGGGAGCUGGCUGGAGAUCGAAGCUGGCAGAAUGA